UAACCGAAGCGCGAGGCCACAUUUUAGUGUUAUGUAGCGUCUCUGGAAGCGAGGUUGGCACAAUGGCGGCCGAGAUGCACUCAUGCUUACGGGUCUUUUGGAGGAAACUGGACUCUCUUUGAGUUUCUCUCAUUUUUUUCAACCUCUCCCUGAGGUCGUACUCUAUUGUCUCUUAUUUUAUCAACGAAAGGCAUUGCUGUUGUGUGCACGCGUGGCGGCCGUCGCUGUCCGCUUUUUUUGGCUAACUCACGCGAACAUCUCUAUCGUCGUUAGCAAGUCAAACAUUGUCUGUUUAUAUCGACGCUAAGCUAGCAGCGCUGCUGCUGCUGCUGUGUGUUGUUUUUUUUUCCUUGGGAGCUGGUGAGUAGGUGAUGUUGUCCGUGCUGUCGUACGGGAGACUCGUAGCCAGAGCUGUCAUCGGCGGACUUUCUCAGACAGACAGCCGCGACUACAGCCUGGUGACGGCGAGCUGCGGUUUCGGCAAGGAUUUCCGCAAAGGCAUCCUGAAGAAAGGGAUGUGUUAUGGGGACGACGCGUGUUUCAUCGCCCGACACAGAUCCGCUGAUGUUUUGGGUGUGGCAGAUGGAGUUGGUGGCUGGAGGGACUAUGGCGUGGACCCUUCACAGUUUUCAGGUACGCUGAUGAAGACGUGCGAGAGGCUGGUGAAGGAAGGACGCUUUGCCCCCAGCAACCCAGUGGGCGUGCUUACGACCAGCUACUACGAGUUACUGCAGAACAAAGUGCCACUACUGGGUAGCAGCACAGCUUGCAUUGUGGUUUUGGACCGGCAGAGUCACCGGCUUCACACAGCCAACUUGGGAGACUCUGGUUUCCUGGUAGUCAGGGGAGGAGAGGUGGUCCACCGCUCAGACGAGCAGCAGCACUACUUCAACACGCCCUUCCAGCUGUCUAUAGCUCCCCCAGGGGUUGAGGGGGUGGUCCUCAGCGACAGUCCUGACGCCGCAGACAGCUCCUCCUUCGAUGUCCAGCUGGGCGACAUCAUCCUCACCGCCACCGACGGGCUCUUUGACAACAUGCCCGACUACAUGAUCCUGCAAGAGCUGAAGAAACUCAAGAAUGCAAACUAUGAGAGUGUCCAGCAGACUGCCCGGAGCAUUGCAGAGCAGGCCCACGUGCUGGCGUACGACCCCAACUACAUGUCGCCUUUUGCACAGUUUGCCUGUGACAAUGGACUGAAUGUAAGAGGAGGAAAGCCAGAUGACAUCACAGUACUGCUGUCUAUAGUGGCAGAAUACACUGACUAGACUCUGUGUGGGACUGUGGUGUGGGGGGACACGUGCCUCUGCAGGUGAUGGACUGCUUUGAUUCCUGCUGGUCAGGAUGCUGAACUGAUGUCUGAUGCUUCCCCCACAUCCACAGCCUCUACUCUGCCUCACCCCUAGCUGACCAUCCCCUCCAUGAAAAGGCCUACUCCUCUUUGAUUGUUUACAUCAUAGUGGCCAGAUAAAGUCAACUAGAGACCCAACACGUCGUCUCGGCCAGGCUGCAGCGUUGCAAUCUUCGCAGUGUUCCAGGGUUCAUUGGAUAAUCUCAUUGCCCAGGAUCAGCAGUCAUGGGGGUGUUGGAGAUGUGAGGAUCCUGUCUGAAGAGAUUAAGUCUCUGAUAGGUGGCCAGUGAUGGGAGGAAGUUGCGAUUCAGAGAUGGACCCAGAUGUAGGCCAACUCUAGGGAUGUCUGCACACCCGGCUGCAAGAAGGGAAUGCUGCAGUCCCUGAGUGUUGUCAGGAAGGGAAGUGCACAGAAAGUGGCAGCAUUAGGGCUCAAUAAAUGGGCUGCCUUGUGCAAGCAGAUGUUCUUAUUCUGACACAUUGGGAUUUAGAAAUCCUUUAACAAAGGGCCUGAAACCUUGUAUGUGAGUGCAGAGAGCAUAUGUUUGAGAAGUAGAUAUGACUCGUGAGUAUUUCUUGGAUGUUUUGUUAAAUGUUUGCAAUAAACUUGUGACAUUCAUACAUCCUGUAGGGGAGUUAGGAUAAUAAGAUUUUGUGAAGAAGCGUGGCAGCUGCCUUUUCCAUGCCAGUGCAAUUCAAGUCUUGCACAUAUUUUGUUACUUAAUGGGAAGAGUAUUUUGUAGUUCAAUUGCCUCGAGAUGUGUAUAUAUAUUGUGUCAUACGGAAGCCCUCCCUUUAAUUGUGCUGCUGCUGAAGUCUCAAUAGAGAUCAUGUGUGAAUGAUGAUGUGUUCUUCAGUGUGUUUGUUGUGUAACAAGUGUCUAUGAAAUGAAUGCCGAAGGCUGCAGACUUCUCCAUAUCCACUGGGCUAAAUUAAACGCACAAGGCUUAAGGAGCAUAUCUGAAAAAAGCUCGACACAGAGGUGGUCAGUCUGGUGACCAAAUGUAUUUUUGUAACUUCUUUGUUCACCACAUCAGAGUAGCGUAACAAAUUGGUGUCCACACAGGUGUUGGUCUCCUGUAGAGCUCCAGUGGCACAUUCAUCAGUCAGGAAAAUGGCCUUUAUGUGUUUUACCUCUAAUUUCACCCACAGUUGGAAAGACGUCUCAAAACUAUAUUCAGUGUAAUGGUAUGAUGAUGUGUCUCGUAUCAGUCACUGAUACAGGCAAACAUGCCCUUAAUUAAAAAAGAAAACAACCUCCCACUGUGUGCACAAAGCCUCAAGCAAUCCAGUCAUACAUAGGAGUCAAACGACUUUCCCAUCAUACCCUGCUGUCUUAAAACAAGGUCCAGUCACCUCUACUAUGUUGAACCUUUUUGUUCUUUUGAAAUCUGCUCUUCUGCACCCAGUUACGUAUAGAACAUCCUCCCUGUAUCUUCAGAUCAACACACUGAAGAUCAGUGUCAGGUGUCUUUUAGUAAUGGGGCACAGAGGAACAGAUUCACCUGUGUUGAAGAGUCAAAUUGCGAGUCUCACAACUCUGAGGACAAUCUAAGCAGCCUUAACAAAAUUACAAAUCAGUUCUCCCAGUUAUUUGGUACAACCACUGUCAGCUUCGUGGUUCCUCCCAUGGACUUCAUCUUCCAGACUUUGUUCCAACCAGAGUAUGUUUCUCUAUCUCUCUCUAUGUGUACAUAUAUAUAUAUAGGGUGUACAGUUCAAUGCAGAUCUAAUGGAAAAAGACAUUUUCAAAUCUGUACAAUAUUUAAAUAAAGAUUAUAGUAUUUAUUA